CUGCCUAGGAGACAGGACGCGCGGCCAGCCGCUGACAGGGCCGGGCUGGCCGCGCCCACCCGGUCGCUAUGGAGCUGCCCCCAGGGCCGCGCGACGAUCCCUGCGCCUGGGACGAUGACUCGGACCCGGAGCCGGAUCCCGACCCCGACGUGCAGGCCGAGGCUUACGUGGCCCGCGUGCUCAGCCCGCCGAAACUCGGGCUGGCGCCCCCGCGCGCCCCUCCGCUGUCCGCGCCCGCCACGUCCCCUGGCGCCCUGGAGCCGCGAGCUGCGCCCAAGGGACCGGCCGUGGGCGCCCCGGGCCUGUUGAGCCUGCCCCCGGAGCUGCUGCUCGAGAUCUGCGCCUACCUGGACGCGCGCCUCGUGCUCCACGUCCUGCCGCGCGUCUGCCACGCGCUGCGCGACCUCGUGCGUGACCAAGUCACCUGGAGGCUACGCGCGCAGCGCCGCGUACGCGCGCCCUACCCGGUGGUGGAAGAGGAGGACUUUGACUGGCCGGCGGCCUGCAUUGAGCUGGAGCAGCACCUGUCGCGCUGGGCGGAGGACGGGCGCUGGGCCGAGUACUUCUGCCUGGCCGAUGGGCACUUCGCUUCCAUUGACUCGGUGCUGCUGCUCCAGGGUGGGACGCUCUGCCUGUCAGGCUCACGAGAUCGCAAUGUCAACCUGUGGGACCUGCGGCAGCUGGGGGUGGAGCCCAGCCGGGUCCUGGUCAAGGCGCUGGGCACCCAGAGGAACAGCACCCACAAGGGCUGGGUGUGGUCGCUGGCGGCGCUGGACCACCGGGUGUGCUCCGGCUCCUGGGACAGCACCGUGAAGCUCUGGGACAUGGCGGCUGAUGGGCAGCAGUUCGGCGAGAUAAAGGGCAAGGCAGCUGUGCUGUGCCUGUCCUACCAGCCUGACAUCCUGGUGACCGGCACCUAUGACAAGAAGGUGACAGUCUACGACCCCAGAGUCGGGCCAGCCCUGCUCAAGAGCCGGCGGCUGCACUCGAGCGCGGUGCUGGCCGUGCUGGCGGACGACCGGCACAUCAUCUCCGGCAGCGAGGACCACACGCUCGUGGUGUUUGACCGCCGGGCCAACAGCGUCCUGCAGCGGCUGCAGCUGGACUCCUACCUGCUCUGCAUGUCCUACCAGGAGCCCCAGCUCUGGGCCGGCGACAACCAGGGCCUGCUGCACGUCUUCGCCAACCGCCAUGGCUGCUUCCAGCUCGUCCGGUCCUUUGACGUGGGCCACAGGUCUCAGAUCACAGGGAUCAAACACUCGCUGGGGGCCCUGUACACCACGUCCACCGACAAGACCAUCCGGGUGCACGUGCCCACAGACCCACCCAGGACCAUCUGCACCCGGAGCCACCACAACGUGCUGAACGGGAUCUGUGCCGAGGGCAACCUGGUGGUGGCUGCCUCCGGGGGCCUGUCGCUGGAGGUGUGGAGGUUGCAGGCCUGAGCAGGCGGACGAGGACGAGGAUGUGGAUGUGGAUCUGCCGGCCGGCAGGCUGGGCCGCGGCCUGUUCAUGGGGGACCUUGCCCCAUGCUGGUGCUGUCUCUGCCCUGCCCCGAAGGCCUGGGGCACAGGGAGUCCUGGGCCGUGGGCGGGCGGGGUCCUUGGGCUGGGCCCCACGCUGGGGGGGGGUGAGGUUGGGGUUUCAGCCCUCCAGGGGGCUGCUCCCCACCCUGGGGCUCUGUUAUUGUUGUGAUUUGGAGCGAAGAGAGCGAAGAAGAAAUAAACCUGACGUACUGGUGCUCCAGCCUGGAGUGUGAGCUUGG